GCGAGAGAGAGAGAGAGGUGGGAAGGCUGCAGGUGGACGUCACGCGAGCCUUCGCCGUCAACCGCACGGAUCUAGCCGAAUCUCACGCGCUGUGCCUCGCGAGCUGAGCGGCACCGAGACGAUGGGCAAGCUGCAGGAAUUCGAAAUCACUUUCAACCACAACAAAGUGGUGUACAGCCCGGGAGAGACGGUUUCGGGAACGCUGAGGAUCAUCACCGCCAAUUCGCUGCAGUACAAGGCCAUCAAGGUAAACUGCGUGGGCUCCUGUGGCAUCUCCAGCAAGGUGAACGACCCCUCAUGGAUGAUGGAGGAGCAGUACGUCAGCAGCAUGCUGUCUGUAGCUGAUAAAGGAACCCUACCACCUGGAGAGCACAGCUUCCCUUUUCAGUUUCUUAUUCCAGCACACGCUCCCACUUCUUUUGAGGGUCCGUUUGGCAAGGUUGUGUACAGAAUAAGGGCUGUAAUCGACACGCCACGUUUCUCUAAGGACUACAAGUCUCAGAGACCCUUCUACUUACUCAAAGUCUUGAACCUCAAUGAGUUGCCUGAUGUGGAGCAACCAAGUUGCGCUGAGACGAGUAAAAAGUUCACCUACUUCCUGGUGAAGACGGGGAACCUCGUGCUGAGAGCUCAAAGUGACCUGAGAGGAUACACACCAGGUCAAAUUAUCAAACUCUCCACUGAGAUCUACAACAAGUCAGGAAAAGACACAGGCUAUAUCCUGGCCAGUCUUAUACAGAAAGUGACGUAUAAGAUGAAGCGGCCGCUGUUUGAUUUGCGGACUAUUGCGGAGGUAGAGGGAGCAGGAGUCAAGGCGGGGAAGCAUGCAGAGUGGAAGGAGCAGAUCAUUGUUCCUCCUCUUCCUCAGUCUGCCCUGGCUGGCUGCAGCCUCAUAGAUAUUGAGUACUUUAUCCAGGUUUCACUAAAAUCUCCUGAGACAGUGGUCACUUUGCCCAUCUACAUCGGAAACAUCCCAGUCAACCUAACCCCCACAAGACCAACUCUAUCAAGCCCGCUCCAGCACGGAGCCGGGCUUCCCACUAUGCCCAGCCACAGCCCCGGACCAGUGGUGCCGAGCGCGCCCCCAGCUGAGGACGACGAGGAAGAGGUGCAGGGUGCAGGAGGAUUAAGCAGCGAGGAAAUUCCCACCAAGAGCCACUCACAGCAGGACCACUCAGGCCAGUCCAUUGCCAUGUCUCCUGGGGCAUUCAGUCACGCUCCGGCCCAAGCGCUUCCUCAGGGUCAACAAGGCCAGUCAACCGAGAGUUCUGCGCCUCUUUUCUGUGUCUCCACAGGGGCCACCAUUCCCUUUUUCACUGACAGUAAUGCCACGCCCGUGCCCACUACCUGCCCUCUCAUUUUGCCUCCAGAGUACAGCAGCUGGGAAUAUCCGCAUGAACCACCUCCCACAUAUGAAGAAAGCUGCAGCAGUACCAACUCAAGCUUCAACACCAGCAUGACGUAGAUGACUACUGAAAAUGGAAAAUGCCUGUCAGUAAAUCUGCAACUUCCCCUGCUGGACACUCCAGGCAUUUACCAUCCUCCCCAAAAAUGACCAAACGUAUUCAAAGGGAUCUUUUCACCUGAUUUAUAGAAACAAUAUUCCUGGGCUCCUUGGUGUGGAGAAAGGUGAUCAUGGUAGCACUCCUGAACUAUAAAGCUGCAUCUGUGAUGCAGUGACAAACGAUAUACACAGUUUUGCUAUGUGAGUUCGCUUCUGUGUCCUGGAAACACAGGCUGAGUCAAAUCAGAGCUAGUUUGGAAAGAACUGCGGUCACUCUAAUGUUGAUCUGUGAAUAUUUCCUCAGGCCUUUGCAGUGUCAGACUGCGGCUGGAAUGUCAUUCAAGGAGGACUGAUAAGAUUUUUAUCAGCACAGUUAAGAGAAUUUUGUGUGGUCACUGAUUAGUUUUUUUUUUCUUUCUUUUUUUCGCUGAGAUAUAUAUACAGUAUAUAUAUAUAUAUAUAUAUAUAUAUAUAGCUAUAGAUAUAAAGGUAGCUUGUUAUUAUUGGUAUUAAAGGGAUUUGACUCUUGUUCUUCUAGCUCGUAUUCCAUUUAAACCCAGCUUCAGAGGUGCCAAUAUUUAUGGGUUAACUAUGAUCACAGCAGUCACUAAAACUUCCAUAUGUGAUUUAGUUAUGCAAAAUGUAAAAAGAAACAUGUAUUCCCAAACAUGGGUAUAAUUCAUGGGUGUUUCAUCUGCUUUUCAAGUAGGCAGAUAUCAUUCCCGAAAAAAAAAAAUCAUCUGAAAAAAUGUAAUAACUUGCACACGGUGUAAGUUCUCAAAGCUCUAGCUUGGCGUUUAAGCAACAUCUUUCGCGGAGUUCGGAAUUGCGCGAACAAAAAAAAUAUUCCUCAUGCACGGAGCGGUGAAAGGAGUGUGCAGAGAAACUGUUGCGCAAUAGAGUAGAUUAGUUCACUUCUGCAAGCACUGAGAGCACUAAGCACUGUGCGCCUCCUUUGCCACUGUUUAUUAGCAAUUUGAUAUUACUAUUCUCAUCAUUAUUAAUAAUUAAUAUUGAUAUUAUUAUUAUUAUUAUUAUCAUUAUGGCUACAUCAUGGUGUCCAUCCAUGUUGAAGUAAGUUAUUUUUAAGACAGUUUCCUGAGAAAUAUGAUUUGAGAUCUUUGACAUUUCUGAUCUCUUGCAAUGGAAAUUGAAGAGCCACAUGUAAGCCAUUAUUAAAUACUGCUGUGAUGAUAGAGAAUACACUAAAGGGGAAAGGACAUACAGAGUGUGGGAAAGAUGCACAUUUGCUAUUGGUAUUGCAGUAGCUUUGUUUCAAUGAGCCAAUUGAAAUCUAGAAAACCAGGUGCUUAUCACAGAAAAAUAUCCACUGAAACAGAAGGUGUUUAGGCUUCUCUUGUUUGCAAUGUUGGCACCUCUGCUGUCUAUCGAUUACAUGCAGAAUUUGCUUCUUGAUAGUUUCACGAAGACAUUUCUUACCCCCUUAGAUGUUAUUAUAAUCAGAUUUGAUUAUGCAGUAUGUAAUUAAUUUUAAACAUUUUCAACUGUUAUUUAAUUGAAUGAAAAUAUCACUAGACAAUAAUGGAUUCAAAACAUAAUUUCUAUUGAAUUACUUUAUAGUAUCCUAAUAUUAAAAAAACAAAAAAACAAACAUCAAAUCCCCUCGCCUUUCAUGGGUCCGGUAAGUUCCUGCAUGUAUUCCUAAAUUAAGUAAGUGUCUGGCUGCAAGACAGGAAAUGUUUUAUCUGUUGUAAUUUAAAAUGAACCCGGGAUAUAUCGGAAAUUUUGAUUUGUCAGAUUUUAUUUUAAUGCAGUAAUCCACAAUUGAUGGAGUUUUAAAAUGAAUUCCCAGUUGAGGCCUUAUUCUGCAAGUGCUGUGUAAACCCCUGAUGUUGUUUCUCCAGUAUUGUAAAUGUCAUAUUAAUUCUUCAGACCCUUAAACUGUUUUUCUUUUUUACAUUGAAGCACAAAACGGCACUUUUUAAAAAUAGAAUUCGACUGUGUUUCUGUUUGUGUGUGUGUGUGUAUGUGCAUGUGUCAUUCCUCAACUCCUGAAUUUACUUUACUGUGAUUUUCUGUCAUACAUAGCAACAGUUUUCUUUCAUAUAUUCAGUCAAGAGUGUUAACCAUUUCUACACUGUUAUGUCUUUGGAUCAUACGAAAGAGAUUGCAUGAACGACUGUCCAUCUGUUCGUCUGAUUUAUUUUCUCUGUGGAUCAUUUUCAGUACUGUGAGAAAAAAAUGAAUGGCAUUUAGGGUAAUGUUUAUGUUUUAAAUGAAACUUUGUUAAUUGAUCAUCUUUCUAAGCGAAUCACUGUGUUAGAAUGCAGCAUCUAUUCAGAUUGUAUUAAAAUAAAGAACUAUGAUUUAAUUAUGGAAUUAAAUACAAUGGUUGGUGAAAAAAAUGGGAACAAUGGGAAAGAGAUAAUAUAUAGGAAAAGUUUAAUAGUUUUUAAUAUUUAUAAAUACGGAACUAAGUUCUAGAGACCAGUAUGUUUCUAUUUUAAGUAUUGAAUGCAUCACUAUAUGUUUUUCAAAAUUCUAACAAAUGAAGGUCACGUAAAAAGGUUGUUGAUUUGUAGCCAAACAAAAUGGUGCUCCCUAAGCUCCAUGUGAGAAGAUCAGAAAAUUCUUCCAUGUUCAUGCUCAGCUCUACAUUGCCUGAUGUAGCAAACUAGACAAAAUGUCAUCCAACUACAUAUUAUUCAUAAAACCCUGUUUUGUUUCAAUUUUUUGCGCAAUCUACAACACAUGCCUUAAAUCUAGAGCUCGUAACUGUGCAAAUAAAGAAAUAUGUCAGUAUCCAUUGUUUCAACGAGAAAUAAAAUACAGUGAGAUUGUGCUGUAAUAGGAAAAGGAUAAUAAUAAAAGAAAAGAAAUAGCCACACAUGAAGUGGAGGUACUGUUACCACCCUGAAGUGGAUUAUUUUCAUUUUCAAAAAAACAAAACACUCUGGAGGUCAUUUAUUCCUAUCAAUUUUUCUUUUUUUAAAAUAUAUUUUUCAUAUCAGUUAUAUAUUUUUUUAUUAUGGGAUAUGCUAUUUGCACCCAGGUGUCCAUAUAGGCAAUAAUGCCAGCUGCACCCAGAGUGUAAUAGCUCAUGUGUGUAUAUAAUAACCCUAUGUUGUCAAGUCCAGCUCACAGUUGACACUAGUGACUCCUUCUGAAAAUGAUUAAAUUAGGUUGAAAAUUAGAUAUACCAAUAUACAAUAAAUUUUGCAGCUAAACUGUCAGUGUCUUAGACAUUGAAAAUCAAUUAAAAACUCCAAACCAAUCAGUCUUCAGAAUCCAACAGCACUGUGGUAUAAUAUCAAAUAUUCUGUAUUUCACAAUGAAAUGUGAAAUCUAUGUGUUGACUGAAUACAUUCUGGUUCUUUAUAUACACUUAAAAGUUGUUCCUGUCUUAAAAUGCCUUGUCCCUCCUGGCAUUAAUUUCCCAUCACCAAAGGUUCAACAGCUUUAUAUUUGUCAUGGUUUUUUUUUUCUUCUUCUUCUGUUGACAUGGUCUCUAGUUUUGUAUUUUUCUAUCGGUAUGUAUAACGAUGUGUGUAUUGCGAUUUUUGCGAGCAGUGUUGUCAUCUGAUCGUUGUUAGCAGGCUUUUGGAAUACAAUAGUACCACUGUGGAAAUAUUUGAAUCCAAAUUAGUUCUGUUUAUUAGUACAUUGUACUAAUAAAAAACUCAUUAGUAUCUAUCGCUUUACAA